CAUCAACUUAAUUCAAGGGUGAAUUUAGUCCUCCAAAUUCUGUAAAGAAUCAAAUGUGCAGUUCGCAACACCUCGAAUGGCUCCAGUCACCUUCAUCUUACACCUCUUCUUCCUCAUACCAUUUCUGCAAAUCAACUAUUCCCAUUCUCAAUCCCUUCGUUCUCUACAAACUCUAUUUACCACUUUCAAUGCACGAGGUACAACUAACUACUGCCCCAGUAGCACCAGCAGCAGUGUCGCCAUCAACCUUCCUACAUUAAUUCCAAACUCAUCUUUAACACUCGUAUGCUACAACAACAUCAUCACUCAACUUCACAUAACUGGGGACAACAACAACAGAUUUGACCAUGAAUACCUCUCAACUGAAUCUUUCUUUUACACCAUUUCUGCCAUCUUCCCUAACUUGAAAGUCCUCUCUUUGGUUUCUCUAGCCCUCGAUGGUCCUCUACCUGCUUCUGUUCUUGCUAAAACAGUUUCUUCUUUGGAAAUCCUCAACAUUAGCUCAAACCAUUUCCAUGGCGACAUACCUUUCGAGCUUUCUUACUUAAAAAACCUUCAAACACUAGUUCUUGAUCACAAUAACUUCUCAGGAUCCAUCCCUGAUUGGCUUGGUAACCUCUCAUCCUUGAGAGUUUUGAGCUUCAAGAACAAUUCACUUAAUGGGUCUUUACCUUUUUCACUCUCCCGAUUACUCUCUCUUCGUGUUCUUGAUCUUUCCAAGAAUCAGUUAUCAGGUGAUGUCCCAGUUGAUUUCAAGAAUCUAACGAAUCUUCAAGUCCUUGAUCUUGAAAGCAACCAACUUGGACCUAGUUUUCCAGUUCUUCAUAACAGGUUGUUAGUUCUAGUGCUAAGAGAGAAUAGAUUCAGUUAUGGCAUUCAGGGGUAUGAUCUACGUUCGUUUUUCCAGCUUCGAAAAGUCGAUCUUUCUUCAAACGAAUUCAACGGGCCUUUACCCGAUUUCUUGUUCUCCCUCCCUUCCAUUUCGUAUCUCAACUUCUCCGGGAACAAGUUCACCGGAAAGUUAUCAGCGAACGUUUCAUGUAACGACGAACUGGUAUCAGUGGACUUGUCGUUCAACAGAUUCACCGGAGAACUGCCGACAUGCAUGCAAACAUUAGAGAACAAUAAAAGAGGGAGCGUUUUAUACGGAUGGAAUUGUUUAUCAAAUGUCGACAAGAAACAACAGCAUAAUGAUUCGUUUUGUCAUAACGAAGCUCUAGCUGUUAUGAUUAAACCUCCUGUAAGUGGAAAUGACGAUUCUUCCAAGUCGUCGAAGGUUAAAAUGGUGGUGGCUUCGAGUGUUGUUGGGGGUGUUGUAGUCGGAGGAGUUGCAGUGUUUGGUGUCGUCUUGGUUGCGAUUAGGAGCGAGUUUUUUGGUGGAGGAUGUGCAGCAGCGACACCACAAAUUAGAGUUUUAGUUGAAAAGAUUUCAUCUGCUUAUACCAUUAAAAUGCUGACUGAUGCAAGAUACAUUUCAGAGACAAUGAAGCUGGGAGCAGUUGGAAUUCUGGCAUAUCGAACUUAUGUUUUGGGGGAGUUGAUUGAGGCCACAAAUAACUUCCAUAGAUCAACUUGCAUGGGCGAUGGUUCUCAUGGCCAGCUUUACAAAGGCCAGCUUAACGAUGGAAGUAUAGUUGCUAUUAGAAACUUGAAAUUGAGAAAGAGGUGUAGCAUCCAGAGUUGUACUCGACAGAUUGAACUCAUAUCUAAACUCAGGCAUCCAAACCUAGUCAACCCCAUCGGUCACUGUUUUGAACGCCACACAGACGAUUCAGCCAUCAUCCAUGGCGUCUUUCUGGUUUUUGAAUUCGUCCCAAACGGAACACUCAGAACCUCCCUAAUGGCCGGACAGAAAUUCUCCUGGGCACAGAGGCUUUCAGCUGCUAUCGGGAUUUCAAAAGGGAUACAGUUUCUAAACACACGGAUAACUGCUAAACUAUUUCCAGACAACCUAAAAAUAACCGACGUUUUGUUGGAUCAAAAUUUUCAAGUGAAGAUCAGUGGCUAUAAUCUUCCUUUGCUACCAGAAACUAAGGUGGCUGCUGGACAUUCUGCAACCAGAUCGAGUGAAAAUCUUGGAAGAAGUAAACGAUUUGAAACGGAGGAGGAUGACCAUGAUCAUGUUUACGACAUGGGAGUAAUCAUGCUAGAACUCAUCUUAGGAAGGGCCAUCGAUUGCAUAAGCGACAUAACUAUUGCUAAAGAUAUGUUGCAUGUAAGUCUGGUGGCGGAUGAGGUAGCUCGAAGGAGUAUCCUGGAUCCUUUGGUUCGUAAGGAAUGUUGUGAUGAAUCUUUAAAGACUUUAAUGGAGCUUUGUCUAAGAUGCAUGUCUAAGGAUCGACCUUCCAUUGAUGACGUGUUAUGGAAUCUAGAGUUCAUAGCUCAGGCCCACACCUCAUCAAUGGAGGAUUCGAUGAAUAAUAUUCAAACCUCAACAAACGAGAAGAUGAAUAAUAUUCAAACCUCAACAAAUGAGACAAUCGUCUCUAUAACAUAAAUAGUUCAAUAAGUUAUUAUCACAUUUGUAAUUGUUUCGAAAUUCGUUGUAGUUUUGUGCUUAUGAUAGUGAUAUCUAGAACAAUUAAAGACUUAAUUAACAAAUUUGUGUGUGAUUAAAACUUACACAUUUUGUACUACACCAAGAAAUUUGCUAUGACGAAUUGAGUUACUUCAAAA